CCCCAAGGAAAGUCUGAGUGAGCAGAGACAAAUCCUGGAAGGCGGAAAAGAGCGAGUUAGUUCACCAGCCGAUGUUCUGAGUUGUUCUUCAAGACCUCGGAAACUGAUCCUUCCUGUGCCGGUUCUUGGAAGUCCGGCGGUCUUAGGACGGUUGGAGCAGCAGGCAAUGCAUCAAAAAGUUUGCACAGCACUGGGUUAGAGUUGUGUUGUGUGUGAGUGUUCCAUGAUUUGUUUUGGAGUUGCUGUGAAGGAUAUCACUCAGUACAAGUGCGAGCAUGCAGGACUUGUCUGCUUCCUGCUGGUCUUAGAAUGGGCUGCACCUUUAGUCACCAGGUGAGUGCAGCGCAGGGAUGAACUGGUCUGGAUUUGAGAGUCUGCUGAGUGGAGUCAACAAGUACUCCACGGCCUUUGGGAGGAUCUGGCUGUCCAUGGUCUUUGUCUUCCGGGUGCUGGUGUUUGUGGUGGCGGCCCAGAGAGUUUGGGGCGAUGAGAACAAAGACUUUGUGUGCAACACACGGCAGCCGGGCUGCACCAACGUCUGCUACGACCACAUCUUUCCCAUCUCCCACAUCCGCCUGUGGGCGCUGCAGCUGAUUUUUGUCACCUGCCCUUCGCUGAUGGUGAUGGCCCACGUCAAAUUCCGAGAGGGAAAGGAUAAGAAAUACGUGGAGCUGCACCAUGGUUCCCACUUGUACGCCAACCCGGGCAAGAAGAGAGGAGGGCUGUGGUGGACCUACCUGGCUAGUUUGGUCUUCAAAGCCGGCUUCGACGUAUCAUUCCUCUACAUCCUGUAUCGGAUCUACCACGGAUAUGACCUGCCAAAACUAUCCAAGUGUUCACUGGCCCCGUGCCCCAACACCGUGGACUGCUUCAUUAGCCGGCCAACCGAGAAGAAGAUCUUCAUGGUGUUCAUGGUGGUCUCCAGCGCCCUGUGCAUCUGCAUGUGCAUUUGCGAGAUGGUUUACCUCAUCGGCAAGCGCAUCGCCAAACAUCUCAAGGUACGCCACGAGAACCAAAGAGUGCUUUUCGCCGACCAGCACGAGCUGACCAACAUGGCCCCGCCCCGGUCGCAGUACAGGAAGAGGGAUCCGACACGCGACAGCCGACUCAGUUUGAACAAGAGAGAGAAAGCCAAAGAAGUCGGAGCGACGACCACGUUGUAGACCGACAAAGUUGACUGACAAAGAACAAGAAGAGGAAUAGCCUUUGCUUUGUUUUGUUUCUCUUUCAAAGAAAGCCAUCCAGCAGAGGACUUUGAUAGUCCCAACAACGAGGACUGUUGGAACUAUUUGCACACCAGCACUCAGCGUUAUUCCUUUGACAAAUCAAACAUGGCACUUUGGCUGAACGGAUGCAGGACCUCUAUGGUUCUGUUACUGGUGCUUGUGUGGCUGACAUAAGAACGACAAUCCCCUAACCGAAUGAAUGAUUGAGAACAUAUCAUACACACUGGAGCCUGUUUAAGUCCACCUCAUUUGCGGCGACCUGCCCUCUAAGUCCAUAGUCAUCGAGUCCAGGUUCACCGUGUGCCCGUUUAAGUCGACGUAGAAAUAGUUGUCAACCGCUUUUGUUGGCAUUAAACAUGACAUCAUUUCAAUAGAAAACCAUUGAUUGAUUGAUUGAUUGAUACUUUUAUUAGUAGAUUGCACAGUACAGUACAUAUUCCGUACAAUUGACCACUAAAUGGAAACACCCCAAUAAGUUUUUCAACUUGUUUAAGUCGGGGUCCACGUUAAUCAAUUCAUGUUACAAAUAUAUACUAUCAACAUAAUAGAGCCAUCACACAAGUUAAUCAUCAUAGUAUGUACAUUGAAUUAUUUACAUUAUUUACAAUCUGGGGGGUGGGUGGGGAGCUUUGGUUGAUAUCAGAACUUCAGUCAUCAACAAUUGCAUCAACAGAGAAAUGUGGACAUUGAAACAGUGUAGGUCUUAUUUAGUAGGAUAUGUACAGCCAGCAGAGAACAUAGUGAGUUCACAUAGCAUAAGAACAAGUAUAUACAUUAGAAGUGCAUUUGAGUUGUUUAUAAUCCGGGGAGAUGGGAUGUGAAUGGAGGAGGGUAUUAGUAAAGUGUUGAAGUUGCCUGGAGGUGUUGUUUUAGAGCGGUUUUGAAGGAAUAUAGAGAUGCACUUACUUUUAUACCUGUUGGGAGUGCAUUCCACAUUGAUGUGGCUUAGAAAGAGAAUGAGUUAAGACCUUUGUUAGAUCGGAAUCUGGGUUUGAUGUGGUUUGUGGAGCUCCCCCUGGUGUUGUGGUUAUGGCGGUCAUUUACGUUAAGGAAGUAGUUUGACAUGUACUUCUGUAUCAGGGAGGUGUCGCGGAUUUAAUAGACUAGGCUCAGUGCAAGUUGUUUGACUCUGUCCUCCAUCCUGAGCCAGCCCACUUUGGAGAAGUGGGUUGGAUUGAGGUGUGAUCUGGGGUGGAGGUCUAAAAGUAACCGGACUAGCUUAUUCUGGGAUGUUUGGAGUCUAGAUUUGAGGGUUUUGGAGGUGCUGGGGUACCAGGAGGUGCAAGCGUAAUCGAAGAAGGGUUGAAUGAGAGUUCCCGCUAGAAUCCUCAAGGUGCUUUUGUUGACCAGAGAGGAGAUUCUGUAGAGGAAUCUCGUUCUUUGGUUGACCUUUUUGAUCACCUUGGUUGCCAUUUUAUCACAGGAAAGAUUAUCCUCUAGAAUGGAACCUAGGUAGGUGAUCUCAUCCUUCCUGGUGAUAACAAUGUCACCCACUUUUAUAGUGAACCAGUCAAUUUAUGUGUUCCGGAAAAAGCAGUCUUGUCAUAAUCAGUGAAGAUUUAAAUGAUGCACAAAUGUCAACAAUCCGCGGCAGGUUCAAAAACGGUUUUAAAAUCGCCCAUGUUCCUUAUGUCUCUGGUGAAAGGCCCAAGGAAAUGCCGAAGCAAUGGCUGAUAAGUCAACAACCGCUUACGUUGAUGCAAGUCAGACAAUCCGAGUGAUGCCGGACUGAACAGGUUCAUCUGAAGCCACUCAACAAUCGUGUUUGUCAUUUUAAAAAAAGCCUUUCGAUGGAGGAGUUUCAACUUCAUGAACACUUUUAUGAUUUUGUUCACAUUUGAAGGCUAACACAGUGCAGCAAUUCAUAUUCCAGUUUUACGUUUACACACCACUACAAUGGAAGGAUGUAUUUCCAAACAUUCAGACCAGGGGGUGUCAAACUCAAAUACAGAGUGGGCCAAAAUUUAAAACUGAACAAAGCCGCGGGCCCAACGUUGAACAAAUUAACAUUUUAAUAGGGACCCAAACAAGUUUUGCAUUGAAUAUUAAACAAGCAAGGCUGAUAUAACUUUAUAGUCACAUACAAAAUCGAGUUUCAAAUUAUAAUAAUGAGUAAAAAAUAUCAAUGGCAUAUCAAAUAAAAUGUAAAUAAAAAUUGGCGGAGUGGGGUUUGGUGGUAGCGGGGGUGUAUAUUGUAGCGUCCCGGAAGAGUUAGUGCUGCAUCGGGUUCUGGGUAUUUCUUCUGUUGAGUUUAUGUUGUGCUACGGUGUGGAUGUUCUCCCGAAAUGUGUUUGUCCUUCUUGUUUGGUGUGGCUUCACAGUGUGGCGCAUAUUUGUAAAAGUGUUAAAGUUGUUUAUACGGCCACCCUCAGUGUGACCUGUAUGGCUGUUGAUCAAGUAUGCCGUGCAUUCACUUGUGUGUGUUAAAGCAGCAUAUAUUUUGUGACUGGACCGGCACGUUGUUUGUAUGGCGGAAAAGCCGACGUGACGACAGGCUGUAGAGGACGCUAAAGGGUGGAAAUCGGGAGAAAUUCGGAAGAAUGGUUGCCCCGGGAGAUUUCGGGAGGGGCACUGAACUUUGGGAGUCUCCCGGGAAAAUCGUGAGGGUGGCAAGUACGAGUAUCAGCGGUGAAUGCAGUGUUACAGAGACAUCGUUGCUGUAUAACACCGGCGGGCCAGCUCGAAUCUUAAUUUGAUAUUGCCUCAAGAGCCAAAUGAAAUCACACUACGGGCCAAAUUUGGCCCGCGGGCCAGAGUUUGACACCCAUGAUCUAUACUAUCGGUAAUGUUGUUUUUGUCUUAGAAUUGAUCAUACUAAUUAUAAGUGAAGUGAAGUGAUUUAUAUUUAUAUAGCGCUUUUUCUCUGGUGACUCAAAGCGCUUUACAUAGUGAAAGCCAAUAUCUAAGUUCCAUUUAAAGCAAGGGGGUGGCACUGGGAGCAGCUGGGUCAAGGACACAACAGCACUGACUAGGAUGGCGGAAGCGGGAAUCAAACCGGCAACCUUCAAGUUGCUGGCACGGCCACUCUACCAACCGAGCUAUGCUGCCCCAAUUAUAAACCUAAACAAACUUUAAACAAUUUCCCUUGUGGCUCAAUAAGAGUUUUUCUAAGUCUGAGUCGAACCCCUCAAGGAAAAACCAUCCAUCCAUCCAUCCAUCUUCUUCCGCUUAUACAAGGUCGGGCUGCUUAGGCCAUACUUUCCUCGCCCCAGCCACUUGGUCCAGCUCUUGCCGGGGGAUCCCGAAGCAUUCCCAGGCCAUCCGGGAGAAAUAGUCUUCCCAACGUGUCCUGGGUCUUCUCUGUGGCCUCCUACCAAACGGACGUGCCCGAAACACCUCCCUAGGGAAGCGUUCGGGUGGCAUCCUGACCAGAUGCCCGAACCACCUCAUCUGGCUCCUCUCCAUGUGGAGGAGCAGCGGCUUUACUUUGAGUUCCUCCCGGAUGACAGAGCUUCUCACCCUAUCUCUAAGGGAGAGACCCAACACCCGGCGGGGGAAACUAAUUUUGGGCCGCUUGUACCUGUGAUCUUGUCCUUUCGGUCAUGACCCAAAGCUCAUGACCAUAGGUGAGGAUGGGAACGUAGAUCGACCGGUUAAUCGAGAGCUUUGCCUUCCGGCUCAGCUCCUUCUUUACCACAACGGAUCGAUACAGCGUUUGCAUUACUGAAGACGCCGCACCAAUCCGCUUGUCGAUCUCACCAUCCACUCUUCCCUCACUAGUGAACAAGACUCCGAGGUACUUGAACUCCUCCACUUGGGGCAGAUGGCACUCCACCCUUUUCCGGGCGAGAACCAUGGACUCGGACUUGGAGGUGCUUAUUCCCAUCCCAGUCGCUUCCCACUCGGCUGCGAACCGAUCCAGUGAGAGCUGAAGAUCCUGGCCAGAUGAAGCCAUCAGGACCAUGUCAUCGGCAAAAAGCAGAGACCUAAUCCUGCAGCCACCAAACCGGAUCCCCUCAAUGCCCUGACUGCGCCUCGAAAAUUCUGUCCAUAAAAGUCAUGAACAGAAUGGGUGACAAAGGGCAGCCUUGGCGGAGUCCAACUCUCUCUGGAAACAGGUCUGACUUACUGCCGAGUUCUGACACUGAUCAUACAGGGAGUGGACCGCCACAAUCAGACAGUCCUAUACCCCAGACUUUCUGAGCACUCCCCACACGAUCAAAUGCAUUCUCCAAGUCCCCAAAGCACAUGUAGACUGGUCGGACCAAGUCCCAUGCACCCUCAAGGACCCUGCAGAGAGUAUAGAGCUGGUCCACAGUUCCACGGCUCAAGGAAAAACCCAAUCAUGAUAUUAAUAAUGGAUAGGAGUCAUUUAAAAACGUUUUUCUAGUGACUCUCAGCAUGAAACACUGAGAACUUGUUAGUCAUUUCCUCAUUCAUUAAACAACAUCUGGAACUAGUCUGUGGUAGACUGACCCAAAGUCUGGCUCCCAAUCUGGCCGACCUACACAUGGAUUGACUUUUAUACAAGUGACUCGGAUGGAAGAUGGAUAUGUACGUAUUGGGCUUGUACGGUAUACCGGUACUGGUAUAGUACCUUGAUACUAAUGAAUCAUAUUCGGUACAAUACCACAUCUAAAAAGUACCGGUUUUAUUUCAUUUAAGGAUUAAAUUGCAAUAACAAACAUAUGGUUAAUGGAACCCAAGAUCAAAAUACAUUUUGGUACCGGUACCGGUAAUAGAGGGGGAAAUACUGUAAUUAAAGCUCGAAGUCUACAAAUAAUCACACAUAGAUUGUUUUAUUUCAAAUCCAUUGUGGUGUGUAAAGGCAAAAUCCUAAAAAUGGUGUCACUGUCCGGAUUCCACUUCUGUACCUAUCUUUAGAGUACUGUACAUAGAAUAGGUGAUUCUGUGUAGCUCAAUUCGCUUCUGGUUAAAGGUACUUCUUACAUUUGGCCUGUUGUGUAGAUGCAUCCACCAGAGGGCGCUAGACUUCUCCCAAAGACGGCCCCGGCUCGUGUCAACCACCCGGGAAAAUGAAGCUGACACAGCUAUGCUAUGCAGAUGAUUUCUACGGAUGUGUGUUUGUGUGCUGAAGUCAAGGGUGUGUUGUGUCACUGUCCUUCCUUCCAAGGUGAACCCUUGAAAUGCCGCCUCAGCAGGCGGAGAAGGCGUCAUGUGGACGUGUGUGGUGUCAGCUCGCACUUCUUGCCGAGGACUCGCAGAAUAAGGCAGAGGUGCUAAUUCAGGGACGGAAUAGUCGCCAUAGUCAUGUCACGAAAACUGGAACGAUCCCUUGCUGCUGAAAUGUGCUUUAUGUUAGGGGUGUCCAAUACUUUUUCACCUGAGGUCCCUUUGCACUAAUAUUUUAAAGGGAGAUGCACUUUUUUGGGGGGGGGGAAAUUUUGCCAAUUGCUCACAAUCCUCCAACGUUUCACCCUUCCUUUGUGCUGCCUUCUAGAAGCAGCAGUUCAUCCUCCGUAUAUUCAGCUUCAAAAAGAUAAUGUUGUGAAUCUUCACUUGUCCAAAAAUCGUCGCCUUUGUUGUUUGUUACAAAGUCUCCCGUGAUUAGGACACACGCUUGCUAUUAUUUACGGAGGCAGGAACACGCAUUUGUUGCCGGUGGUCGGAUGGGCGUCGAUAUGGAAAUGGAAAUAAAUGCGAAAGGAAAGAAGUUCCGGUAAUGCUUAAAAGUACCAAUAUACAGUAAAAAUUGUACAAAUUACAUAUUUUUUUUGUCAGACUUGGUUAUGUUUGGGUUUUCCUGUGUUUACAAUCACUUCCUGUCCUGGUGCUCUUGUUUUGUCGGUGUUUCCUGUUUGGUCUGAGUGUUUUGCAGCACCUUUACUUCCUGUUCCAUGUCCUGUCAGCACACCUGUACCUCCUUUGAUGAGUUCUACUUAGUUCCACCUGGGUCCCUCCUUCCGGAGUUUUCUCUUUUGAUGCUUUGUGGUUCCUGACUUCCUUUGUAAGUCAUUAAUUGUUCUCUACUCGCAUUUACGUACAGAAUUUUGCCAAUUGCUCACAAUCCUCUGUUUCACCCUUCCUUCAUGCUAGCUUCUGGAAGCAGCAGUUCAUCCUCCGUAUAUUCAGCUUCAAAAAGAUUAUGUUGUGAAUUUUCAUUUGUCCAAAAAUCGUCGCCUUUGUUGUUCGUUACCCAAGUCUGCCGUAAUUAGGACACACGCUUGCUUUUGUUUACGGAGGCAGGAACACGCUUUUGUUGCCGGGGGUCGGAAGGGCGUCGAUAUGGAAAUGGAAAUAAAUGCGAAAGGAAAGAAGUUCCGGUAAUGCUUAAAAUUACCAAUAUACGGUAAAAAUUGUACAAAUUACAUAUUUUUUGUGUCAGACUUGGUUAUGUUUGGGUUUUCCUGUGUUUACAAUCACUUCCUGUCCUGGUGCUCUUGUUUUGUCGGUGUUUCCUGUUUGGUCUGAGUGUUUUGCAGCACCUUUACUUCUUGUUCCAUGUCCUGUCAGCACACCUGUUCCUCCUUUGAUGGGUUCUACUUAGUUCUACCUGGGUCCCUCCUUCCGGGCUUCCUGGUCUGAUGCUUUGUGUGCUGUUCUGGUUCCUGACUUCCUUUGUAAGUCAUUAAUUGUUCUCUACUCGCAUUUCCGCCUGCCAAAAUGGGUUUUUGAGGAUGGUGGACCAGGACUUGAUGAGUUGGUGAGUCAUGAACAGGACCGACUUCAAUUGAUUUCAAUCUACUGGGUUUUCGGAACAUAUUGAGGGGCAAUAUGACUUUGGACACCCCUGGUUGACAUUGUGUAGAUGUGUGUGUGUUGUGAUGUUGUUGUACAGUUCCAGUGCUCAGGACAUAUAUCAGACUACGUAUCAGACCACUUUAGAUUACGACCUGACCUGGGAGCAAUCAAACAGACUUGAUUGGACAUUUAAUUAAGUCCAAUUAUAUUCCAGGGAGACAUAACAGGCAUCACAUGUUUAUUAGUCCGGGAUCUCCACUUUGACCUACUUGUCAGUUAUUUAUUUUCUGGGAAAAAUGAUAGCCACUUACUUUAUUACUUGACAGAGUCUGAAUCUACAACACAAAUACAACGUUUAAUCGAUAUUUGGUUCUGACGUUGAUUUGAUAUUGAAAUGUGGUCAUUUCACAACCGAUAUUGCACAACACAAAUACAACGUUGAAACAACAUGCUUUUUGACAAUGUUUAAUCAUUGUUGUUUUGAUGUUGAUUUGACAUUGAAAUUUGGUCAUUUUAGAGUCUGAAUCCACCGAGGACGGUCUAUAGAUUAGUCACACAAUUAUGUCUACAAAUUUAUGUUACAAAUCAUAUUUGGGAGGGUGAAAAACUUGUAUACUUAAUUUUUUUUUACUGUGUUUUGAUUAACUGGAUGACAUAACCCGACCGGAUAUGAACACUUCUGAUUAUUUUGGUUGGAUCAUCAAACUUUCAUUUGAUACUAUUUGUUCUUUGCUUCUGUGUGUCCACACUGAUGUUGUUGUUUGUACAAUGCUGCAUUCCUUGUACUUAUUUAUAAACAUAGACACAACCUGUAAAUAGUAUUUUUUUAGUUUUUUCACGACAUCCAAGCCAGGAUUAAGUAACCGUGAAGUGAUGACUUAGGUCUCUUCAAUACAUCACGGUAAACAUGUUUUUUUUUUUUUAAUCAUUGAUUUUGAAAUGUACAGUACAAUUUCUAUUUUUUCAAAUUAAAGAUAUACCAAAACAAGAA